UGCUCCUCUACGUCGCUGACUGAUGACGUCAACGCGUGUCCAAUAAACUACGCGCUGUUCGAAUGGUAGCGUUCGGAAAGGCUAAAGUUUUAUUGAAAGACUUCACCCAAAAACAACCCGGAGAGCCCCUUCAUCAGAGAUGACUUACAGGAGGGAGAGGAGUGUACGAGAGGUGUAUGAAGAUCGUUUUAUGUCCGACAGGCCGGGGAGAGGUCAAUACUCUCGAGGAGGCGAGCGGCGAGGCCACUUUGGGAGGCCUGAUGGUUAUGAAUAUGAAGGAGGCCCUCGCUUUUUCCCAAAUGGAGGAGGCCCACGUAAUUACCACGGAGAAGAUCAACGGGGCUACCACGGGGAUGUCGGUCAUUUCCCCUCAGAACGCAGAGGCGGUCCUCCAUCAAGAAGGGAGGAUUAUUCUUACCGAGGACCCAGGGAGGAGCAACACUCAGGACGGCCUAUGGACUACAACAGUCGUGCACCACCACCACCACCUCGGAACCAAGGCAUGUACCCAACGCCUCGAUCGCUCCCAGAAAGUGGGGCAGAUACUCUCGUGCAAGCCAUCCUCAACCUGGACCGAGGAGAUGAAAGACAGGACUACCGGAGAAAGGCCCCUCCAUUCCCGCCCCCCAGGGACCGCUCCCCCCACAGCCGCUCGGGUUCCAGCGUGAGCAGCAGGAGCUACUCGCCGGAUCGCAGCAAAAGCCUUCCGUUUCCCUCGCAGCAAGGCAAGGAUAAGAUCCCGGGUCUGUCAAGAGAAGGUUCCCCGAGCAGUGCCACCUCAAACAAGGAGGAGAGCAAUGCGGGCGAAGCCGAAAAAGAGGAGCCGCCGCCGGCCGCUGUCGUGGAGGAGAGUCACAAGAUCACCGCGGACGACUACAAGGAGAAGCGAUCGCUGGCAAUCGCAGCUAAAGCCCGAGAGAUUGAAAAGUCUCUUCCUGACUCCGAGUAUCAUCAGAUUGGACGAAACCAUUUCCCCUCUGGACGAUUUGAAAGGAUGACCACCCGGGUGGAAAAGAUCUCAUCUUGUUUAUGCCUUUUGAUAUGUACUCAUCAUCUUUUUUGUGGGGGGGGGGGCAUGUUUAAAAAAACUCGGAAAAUACACGGAGCGAAAAUAGAAGACAGAUGAGCGUAGCGCGCACGAGCCCAAUGUCGUAUAUUCUCCGGGUUUGUCGCACUUCGGAGUCCUCGCGCAGCCGCCGCCAAAGCUGUUUCGAUUGCCGUUGAUCACGCGUUGUACAGGCCGCACCGAGCGCGCGGCCAAUUUUGCAAACCGUAAAUACUGUGAAAUGUCACCCUCGCGCCGGCAACGCCGCAGCUUGUUAUUGCUGCCGUGGCAACGCGUGCCUGACAUCACGCACCCGUCGCCAGGUUGGCCCGUUUUCUGAGCGCGCGACUCUUCGGCUUGGGGUGAAAAUAUCACUCCCAUUGGCCCGCGCUGUGUUUUGACUCGGCAGCGACCCGAAAACCCCCCAAAAAGCCGUCAUUUGUCUUUCCCGUGUCGCUGGGUGGUCACAUAAUUACGGUCUUGCCGCUCCGACAUUUUCAAUGAGAUACUAUCUAUACUAUUAGACUAACGAGCCUUUUAAUUAUUAUCAUCUAAUAAUCAUCACCUUUUCAUGUCUGCCUGGUUGGAGACUGACUGGGGCUGUCUGGGAAGCUUUCUGAAGGUGUGUGUGUGUGAGUGUGUGUGUGUGUGUGUGUGUGUACACGAGGGCUUUAAUCAUCAUCAAAUAGAGCUGUGUGUACAGGUAAUUAAGUUGGUGCCGAAGCGACUCUCAGUCGCAGCUGGGAGUCUUCGCUCUGCGGUCUCCCAAUUCGUGUCGGCCAUUUUUCUUCAACGUCUGGUCGACUUGCAUUCCCCCACAAACUGACCAUAAUACUCGCCUUGUGCAGCCAGUGCGGCCUGCAGGCUUCAGUGUGUAACCACGAAAGCAAAAAAAA